AUGGCGAUUCCAGGUGGCCUGUGGGUGGACCCAGAACUUGCCACAGGGCCUCACUCCCUGGAGGUUGAUGCCGUAGGCAGGCACUAUUCCGACCACUGCGUCCUGUCAUGGGACCUGGCAGUCGAUCCUGCCCCUCCAGGGGCGGCGAGAUUACCUCGCACAGGUGCGACGACCCAGAAAUAUAUUGAUGCGGUCACCCUCAGGCUUUUACAGUUCCCUACUGUGUUUGCCACCACGGAGGAAGUGCUUAACACGGUGGCCACAAUCGAGGAUGCACUGAACGGCCUCUGGUCGGAAUAUGCAGAAGUCCCCUGCCCUUGCGCUAGGUCUAAGACCUGGUGGAAUGGCAGAUGUAAGCGUGCAGCGGAUCGAGUGCGACGCCGCAUGGCAGAUGCAGACGAGGCCAGGUGGGAAUAUAGAUCUUCUGCCGGACUCCAAGGGCACCUUCACCCCGCCUCAACUGCACUACGGGCAGAAUGGGGCAGGCUGCAGCAAGAUCUCAAGGACUCACGUAAGGACUUGAGCAAGGCGGUCAAGGCCACCAAACGGGAGUUCUUCGACGCCUGUAUGAAGCGAUCAAACCCCAAACUUAUAUCGGACUUUGUCGCAUGGACUAAGCCCAGGAGACAAUCGGCAAAUGUCCAACUUAAAAUGAAGGACGGCUCAGCUGCAGACGAUCCUGACCGAGUAAGUUGGGCCUUCCAGGAACAGUUCACCCCAGCCAACCCUAAACCGGUCGACAUGCGGGUGGUUGAACAGAUGUCCCAGUGGCCUGAACGGGAUUUUGUCUCGUUCAGCAAGCUGGAGCUUGAGGAGGCUUUGGCUACGAUGAGUAAUACAUAA